ACUCACCGGCAUGGUUGCGAUUCUUCAGUGACGAUGGUGAUGACGUUGUGAUAUUGAAGCGACAAGUGGUUUGUCCUAUAAUCGAGGAAGCCGUCACGAUGUUGAGUAUAUACUCCACUUUAAAGCUUCAGACGGACACGGUCUAAUCCAACGGAAUAGCCGAAGGGAUCCCCUUCCCAGCUCAACGCCCGAAGCCCCAGUUCCCAGCGCCAAGGUGGGAAUUUGACGAUGGGCGUGACGAUUGCCGCCCGCGGUACAACCUUCAGGCGUGCCUCUAUCUUCACAAGUUGCAGGGGGUGUGUGCGGGGUGUGUUUGCGGCCAAGGAGAAUGCUCUCGGCAGGAGCUGCUCUUCGAGAAUCGAAAGACGCGAGGGCCGUCCGGUUUUGUCAUUCCGCAACCUCCCUGAUUCCCAGAAGUCACUCUGAGAACACACAACAAUGGACGACGUCUGGGCAACCUCCGACGACGACGAAGCAUACGCUCCCGACACAGCUGCCUACGACCGCUCCAUUGCCGACAGGGACUGGAACAGGCUGCAGGAUCACCACGGUGUCGCGGGAUAUAGGGAAGGUAUCGCAGAGGGCAAGGAGGCUUCGCUGCAGCCCGGUUUUGAUGCUGGGUAUAGCGAGGCGGCGAGGAUUGGAUUGCUGAUUGGCCGGUUGAGGGGUGUUACCAGCACCCUUCUCCAACUUCACAAACUCGGCAAACUUCCCGCUACAUCUGAACACCAAUCAUUCGCAACAGACCUCGAAACGCUCUACAGGGAUUUGCAGACGCUGACGACUGAGACGCUCCUCCCGCUUGCGUAUUAUAGGGCUACUGAUACGUUCCCGGCAGCAAAGCAUACGAAGAGUGGGGGCUGUGGGAAGGGUGAGGGGUGUUGCCGUGGGGGAGAUGAAAGCCGGAGUGGGGAGAAAUGUGGGGGUGGGGAUGGUGCGGACGCGGAGGCGGACGCAGCGAUGAUACCGAGGAACGUGUUGGAGGGGUUUAGGAAGCGGGUGGUUGAGAUUCUGGGGUUGCUUGGGUGGGAGGCAGCCUCGGUGGGUCUGGAGUAGACGGGAUGGUGGUGCACGAAAUGAGUGUGCGAUUCCGUGCGCCUCGCAUUUGAGAACAGAUGGAGACCCAUGCCGCCGCUUGCGCCUACGACCUCUGUAGUGUUUCGCGACACCCGACCGACCACGCGGACGGCGGUGCGCUGUAUGUGCCGUCACCCACUCCCCUGCACUCCCAUGUCCCAAAGCAAAAAUGCGAUCAGCCAUGGAUUCGAAUGUCAUUCACAGGCAUGACGGCGCUUACA